AGAACACGGUUAUAAGAUUCCAUUUUAUUCUUUACCCGAAAGCGUAUUGCUUAAAAACAAUAAAUCAGCUCGUGAUAACAGGGAGUUUGUAAGGAAAGCAAAUACAGAUUUGUUAGAUCGGGAUUUGGUAGAAAAAAAAAACAGAUGCCCCUCCUCGUGUUGUUAAUCCACUUUCUGUAUCCAUUCAAAGUAAUGGUAAAAAGCGUCUCAUUUUGGAUCUGAGAUGGGUAAAUAAACACGUAUGGAAACAAUCGGUUAAAUAUGAGGUUUUGAGAUUAGGUUUGAUGUUUGUUAAAGAAGGGGGAUUUAUGAUAAAGUUUGAUAUACAUUCUGCUUACCAUUUUGUGGAUAUAUAUCCUGAACAUACAACUUACCUUGGGUUUUCGUUUGAAGAUGAUCAUGGUGUAGUUAGUUACUUUAGGUUCAAGGUUCUUGCAUUCGGGUUGGGUGUAGCACCUUAUUUUUUCACUAAGCUUACAAGGCCACUUAUAGCAAAGUGGAGGGGCGAAGGUAAACGAGUUAUUAUGUUCUUGGAUGAUGGUUUUGGUACACAUGAUAAUUAUGAGGAGACGAAAAAGCUUGCGUCUGAUAAAAAGCAAGAUUUGCUUCUCUCUGGGUUUAUCCCUAAUGUAGAUAAAUGUAUCUGGGAACCAGUACAGGAAAUGGAGUGGCUGGGUGUUAAUAUUAAUAUGAGAGAGUUUUCAAUAAGAAUUCCUGAAAGAAGAAUUAGCAAGGCUAUGAAUACCAUCAAUAGUUUAUUGGGCUCUGUAUAUUUGCCAGUAAGAAAGGUAGCUAGUUUUAUUGGUCAAAUUAUUUCUAUGAGUAUUGUAAUUGGCCCUGUAGCUCAAAUAAUGACUAGAUAUUUGAGUAUCGAUGUUGCGAAAGAGUGCACGUGGAAUGCGUACGUUAAGUUGUCAAUCGAUAGUGUAGAGCAAUUGGCAUUUUGGAGAGAAACGCUCAAUUUGCUUAACAAAAGAUUGCUUGUUGCUACUGGCGCGUGUUCAAAAGUAGUAUACAGUGAUGCAUCUGCUGUGUCUUAUGCCGGAUAUGAGGUAGGGACGGUGAAUGGUGUGGCGCAUGGGUCAUGGUCGUCAGAGGAGACUAAAAUGUCUUCUACUUGGCGGGAACUUUGUGGAGUUUAUAGAGUUUUAAAGUCAUUAAUUGAUGUGCUUGCAAGUCACCGCGUUAAAUGGUUUACAGACAAUCAGGGAGUUUGUAGUGUUAUUAAAAAAGGUUCUAUGAAAAAGGAUCUACAAGAUUUAGCUAUCAAAAUAUUCUAAUUAACAGCGAAAAAUUCAAUUCAUUUAGAAGUUGAAUGGAUUCCGAGAGAACAAAACGGUUUGGCAGAUUAUUUAUCUAAGAUUGUAGAGACGGAUGACUGGGGAAUUGGUUUAAAUGUAUUUGAAAUGUUGCAAAGUAAAUGGGGCCAUUUAGAUGUAGAUGUUUUUGCGUCAGAACAUAAUGCUAAAGUUUUAACAUUCUUUAGUAGAUUUUGGUGCCCUAAAUCUGCAGGUAUCGAUGCAUUUACAUUUGACUGGAGUAUGUGUUUUGGGUUGUACGUUCCUCCUGUUACUCUCAUUCCCAGAGUUUUGAGUAAAAUGGCGUAUUGUAAAGCGAAAGGCGUUUCGGUUGCGCCAGAGUGGAAAUCGGCUAGUUUUUGGCCACUUAUAUGUGAUAAUUCUGGCGACUUUAGUGCAUUUGUUAAAGAUUUUAUCUUUUUGCCUACAAAUAAAGAUUCAUAUACACCAUGCAGAAAUGGUGUUGGAAUAUUUGGUACAGAAAACCUGCGGGUCAGAAUGAUUGCUUUUUUCGUCGAGUUUUAAAGGCUCUACUCGUCAUGUGUAAUUUACCAUAUCAUGAAUAAGGUGUUUCCCUAUAUAACUAAUUCUGUUUUUGCCCUAAAUUCAAAAGAGGGAGCACGAGGUUUUCGGGAGCACGAGGUUUUCGUGCAUGGUUAAUGAGUAUGCGCUGAGGUGUACAGCGGUUAUGGCGCUUGCCAUUUUACAGUGACCUGUAACACACAAGGUGUGGGAACGUGAGUGUAAGCACGAUACGAGGUGUCGGUAUCGGCUGUAGUGGUUGUAAUAGAAAUUAGAAUGUAUUUGUCUGUUUUUUAAAUGUGUGUGUUUAUGUUGAAUUUUGUAUUAACACGAAGUUGUCGGUUUACAUAUGUUGUUAAUUUUACUCGUGAAUGAGUAUGCGCUGAUGUGUUCAGCGGUUAAGGCGCUUGUCUUAAUUGAAGCCACAGUGGCUUGUUACACACCAGGUGUGGGAACGUGCGUUUAAGCACGGUGCGACGUGCCGGUAUCGGUUGUCGUGGUUGUAUUAUAAAUUAAUGCAUUUGUCUGUUGUUGUUGUUUUAAUGAGUGUGUUAGUGUUAAAGUUUUUAUAAACACGAAUUUGUGUGUUUAAAUAUGUUGUUAAUUUUACUCGUGAAUGAGUAUGCGCUGAUGGUCCAGCGGCUAAGGCGCUUGUCUUAAUAGAAGCCACAGUGGCUUGUUACACACCAGGUGUGGGAAUGUGCGUUUAAGCCGGUAUCGGCUGUCGGGUAAUUAAUAUACAUUGGGAUGUAUUAGUUUGUUUUGAACUUUUUAUUAACAUACAUUUGUGUGUUUACAUCUGUUUUUUCAGAGACAUGCAGAUGACAUAAACGCGCUGCCUGACGUCUUGGUGAGGGGAGUGUCCUUGCUGCCGGAGUUACUCAAAGAAUCAAGAGCUAUGAACACAUCAGAGGCAUACAGAAGGGGGUUUAAAAGGUGGUGUGAUUGGGCUUUGAGUAAUAACUUAACCAGUGAGGAUACUUUUCCCGCCAAGGCGUUUCAUGUGGCUUUAUAUAUGACAUCUUUAAUUCAAACUGCUCAGUCACCAAGUCCUAUUGUGAAUGCUUUUUAUAGUAUAAAGUGGUAUCAUGACUUGUUGGACUUACAAUCACCAACCGAUACUAAUUUAGUUAAAAAUGUGUUAGAGGCUGCUAAAAGGAGACUAAGCAAACAUUCGAAUAGAAAAGAACCAAUUUCUGUAUCUGUACUUGAACAAGUUUUUCACUGUUUGUAUAAAGAAAAUAAUGUGUUUAAUCAAAGGACAAUUUGUGCACUGUUACUUUCCUAUGAUGCAUUUUUAAGAAGUAGUGAGUUGUUGAAUUUAAAGAGAUGUGAUAUUAUUAUUUACCCAAUGUAUAUGAGUAUUUUUAUUCAGUCAUCCAAGAACGACAAGUAUCGGGAUGGAGCAUGGGUGCCUUUAGCUAGAACUGGUACUGUUUUAUGCCCAGUAGUUAAUCUUGAAAGAUAUUUUGUGUGGGCUAAGAUACCAAGUGAUUCAGAAUGUUUUGUCUUCUCUCAACUGUCAAAAAACAAAAGAAGGUUUUAAACUAAGGCAAUGUGAUAAAAAUUUAUCAUACAGCUAUUUAAGAAAACUUUUAAUUGAUGCUAUCAAACCUUUUGUAAGUGAUAUAAAAUGUUAUGGUUUACAUUCAUUGAGAUCGGGUGGAGCCACAGCGGCAGCUAACAUGGGUAUUCCUGACCGUUUGUUUAAGCGUCACGGACGAUGGUCCAGUGAGUCCGCGAAGGAUGGUUAUGUUAAGGAUUCGAUAGAUGACAGGCUAAGGGUGUCUAAGUGUUUAGGUUUGUAAUUGUUAUAAUUAUGUAAAUAUUAAGAACAAUUGUUAUAAUAUUUAUUUGUUGACAAUUAUGUUACUUUUAGUAGCCCGUUCUUUUAAUUCAGCCGGUAUGCGAGUCCCUGCGGCUAGUACCAAAAAAACAAAAGUUUUUGUUUGUUUGCUAUAUAGGCAAAGGAGGGAUGUAAGG